UUCAAUUUCGUGCCUUCUUUUUUUUUUUUUCUUCUUCUGCCUCGCUGUCUGCCGUCUCGUGGAACGUUGGUCUCGUGCUUCGUGUUUUACGUGACGACCGGAACGACCGUACCAGUCCAUCUGCAGCAUGGGCCGUUCUAAAACCGUUCCCGACCGGUGGCUAGACUACAACGACGUUGGAGGUGUCGUGCCCGGUACGCGGUUCGUAGCUUUCAAGGUGCCGCUUCGUGAAUCGAUAAGCUCGCGCGUGCCAGCGAGCAAGCGCUUCACACCCCAAGAACUUCUCCAGCGGCUAUAUGGCCUAGGCCUCGUGAUUGAUUUAACGUGCACGAACCGUUACUAUGACCCGGAGUCUCUUGUCAGUCGUGGCAUCCUCCACGCCAAAAUCAUGUGCGUCGGCCAGCAAAUACCUAGCGAGGGUGUGGUGAACGAGUUCUUCCGUGCCGUCGACGCAUUCGUCGCGAACCCGGCGAACGACGGCAAAUUGAUAGGUGUACACUGUACGCACGGCGUGAACAGAACAGGGUACCUGGUCUGCAAGUACAUGAUUGAAAAGCUUAGCGUAGCGCCCACGACAGCGAUAGAGCAGUUCGAGAAUGCCCGCGGUCACAAGUUUGACAGGGAGGAAUAUGUCAACGAUCUCCAGCGUGUCGGUGGACAAAAGCCUAUGCUCGAUCUUCGUAGUGCCGACAGACCAGUACAUGUCAACGAGCCUCCUCAAGCCAUCGGCAGGCAAGAGUACGUCCGCGAACAUCUGCGAGCAUCAGACAUACAAGCCCAAUACGUCCGCGACUUUCUGAGUAUCGACAGACGACAGUACCUCGGCAACAUACAAUGCUCCAGAGACGCGGGCAAUAAGCCUCCUGAAGUUGCUGUUCCUACUCCCUCCGAUUGUGACGCCUACCGUGACUUCGACAGCCAGCCAGCAAUGAGCAUGCUUCCUUACGGGCACAACGCAUGGAACGUCGCACCGAGUGAAGAGCGUGUGUAUGGUCACACGGGUGGCAUGCCGCGUUCGUUGCCACAACAGGGCAAUGUGUCUGAUAUACAAUCGCAAGGGCAGAGUUACCACAAUGGCACGCCGCCUCGGCGCAGUGCGUUUGUCCAAGUACGUCCACAGAUGCACAGUUACAGUCACCCAAGUGCCUUGCCACCUCAAAACAGCAUAUACACUGCUCAGUCACAAGGACAAAUCUACGGUUAUCUCAGUGGCAUGGCAUCUUCGUUGCAGCCUCAGCACAGUGUGUAUGGUGCAUGGCCACAAGGGCAGAGCUACAAUAAUAUCGGUGGCAUGGCGCCUCAGCACAGUGGCCUUGAGGCUCAGCUGCAAAGCCUUGGUUAUGGUCAACCCAGUGGCAUGCCAGUCCAGCAAAGUAUGUCUGAUGCACGAACACUAGGGCCGGUGCGAUCCCCAUCCCGAGUGAACGGCCCAAAUGUUGUAACUGCUGAAAUGUAUGGCGGGCGUGGCCAGUACAAGCCAUAUAGUGAUGAUGACAGACGAGACUGGAGACGUUAGGAGUGCCAAGGUGACUGUGUGCAAUGCCAAAAAGUGUUCUUAGUCAUACAGACUUCGUCACUUUGCUUUUGUUGCUGGGAGCACAAAGAAAAAAAUGGUCUAUGUUUUUUUUUUUUUUUUAAUGGUGCGCGAAGCACGCAAAAUAAAAAAGCUGAGUAAAAAUUUUG